AGUCCCUUGUGGGGGACUGAGGGCCCAGUGUGACCAAGCAGGGGUGGGGGGGCCCAGCAGCAGCUGGGGGAUGGGGUCCCUGCCCUGCCAUGGGACCCCGCCCCCUGACAUCACUGUCACAUUAUUGCAUUAGGGUUGGCUGACCAAUAAGCUGCUGCUUGCUAUUAUAAUGGGUCCUAGCAACAGGUCUGACCUUGGGCUAAGGGAGGAGACCCCACCAGCGGGGAAAGUGUGAGGGGAGAGGGAGAGCCUGCAGGGCAGGUAAGUCCCCUGAGGGCAGAGCUGUCUGGAUGGGCUUGUGGGUGAAGGGAGGUAGGGACUUCCAGGGUCAAUCCUAGCUCCCUCAGCCCUAAUCCCACCCCAGGGCCCACUGACCUGUCUGGCCCUGGCUGCUGGGACCUACUCUAUCUAGCACCUGUUCUCCGAUCCUUGGGCCAUAUCCUUACAUGGCUUAGGGGGACAGGGUGUAGGGAGAGUGGGCAUAGCAUGGGAGAAAUGCCUCCACCUAGGUUGGGGGAACAGACCUGGUGGGAAUAAUGUAAUAAGGACACAUUUCUGUGGGGGGUGAAGGAGGACAGCCCAGACAAGGAGGGAGAAGACAAGCAGGGAGGCAAAUAUAUGUAGCUGAAGAGAGGGCAGCUCUUCAGAGGGAUGAGGGAGCCCGGGGACCUGAGUUUGAGUCCUGGCUGGGCCUCUGUGCAGGGACAUCACUUGUGUAGUCUGAGUCUCAGUCCCUCCCUGUCUGAUGGGGACAGUGAUCCCUAGCAUGAGCUGAGUUUAGCAACUAGGGCAGAUCUGGGUGUUUAAUGAGGACUCUCAGUGUCUGGGCAUCCCCUCAUGCCAGGCUUCUUCCACCAGCUGAACCCCAGAAUACUGGCCUAGGGAUAGAUAGGUGGGCUCACAAUCAUUACAGGUCUUGCUUGCCUGUGGCGCAGAGACUGCAGGGGAUUGAAGUCACACAGCUAGGAAUAUUAACAGGGAUAAGAUAACACAGACCACCUGCCGUGGGCCAGGCACUAUUUCAAAUGCUUUAUCUGUAUCAACUCACUUAGUUCUCAACAACUGGAGGUGGUUUGCUAUUAUCAUAGUUACUGGCCUCAUCUUACAGAUGAGAGGAACAAGGCAGAGAAUUUCAAGUCACUUGCCCCAGGUCACUCAGUGUGUAUGUAGGGAAGCCAGGAUUUAACUCUAGGAUUGGCUCCAGGGUGUGGGUCCUUUUCAUCACCCCUUCCCGCUGCUCCCAACAGCAGUAGCAGGACACAGUGUACUCUGCCUGGGUCCUGGUGCGGGGCUUAAGCCCUUUCCUUUGCAGGGCUGGGUACAAAAUUUGUGGAACCUGGUACAAAAUGAAAACACAGGGCCCCUGGUUCAAAUAUCAUUAAGAAUUUCGUCAGUGUCAGGAGAGCAUUAAGCCAAGAGCUGAGCCUUUUGAGCCUGGGGCCCUGUCACAAGCUGCCAUCAAACUGUUACCCGGAGGACUCCUGAGCACCUCAGGAGGCAGGCCAGUCACCAUGCCCUUUACGCAGAGGAACAGGCUCAGAGAGGUACUUAAUUCUGCCCCCAGGCCACACAGCAAGUCAGUGGCAAGGAUGGGAUGGGAGCCUGGGCGUGUGGGACUCUAGAGCCCCCUUCCUUGUGUCAAAGAUGUACCCAGGUUGUUUUAAGAAGGACUGGGCUGUGAGGUGCCGGACAGACUUCCCUUAUAUCCUUGGUGUCUCUCUCUCUUCCUACCCUGUGCCAAGGCCCAGAAGAAGUGAACGGCUCCCUUGUGCCCCCGCAGACGCUGAGGACCACGCGUCCUGUGACUCUCCCCCAAACCCUGCGCCCUCUGAACCGUUGGUCACCAUGGCUACUUCGAAGUUGCGAGCAGUGCCCGGGGAGGAGGAGACCACCAUCCUCAUGGCCAAGGAAGAGCUGGAGGCCCUGCGCAGCGCCUUUGAGUCGGGCGACAUCCCCCAGGCGGCCUCCCGCCUCCAGGAGCUGCUGGCCUCCUCCCAGAGCAUCCGCCUGGAGGUGGGCGUCACAGGCGAGUCGGGUGCUGGCAAGUCCUCCCUCAUCAACGCCCUCCGUGGUGUGGGGGCGGAGGACCCCGGCGCGGCCCUCACCGGCGUCGUGGAGACCACAAUGCAGCCCUCGCCCUACCCACACCCACAGUUUCCAGAUGUGACCCUGUGGGAUCUGCCGGGGGCUGGCUCUCCGGGCUGUCCAGCUGACAAGUACCUGAAGCAGGUGGACUUCGGCCGCUAUGACUUCUUCCUGCUGGUCUCUCCCCGCCGCUGCGGGGCUGUGGAGACCCGCCUGGCCUCGGAGAUCCUGCGGCAGGGCAAGAAGUUCUACUUUGUGCGCACCAAGGUGGACGAGGACCUGGCGGCCACCCGUACCCAGCGGCCCUCAGGCUUCAGUGAGGCGGCCGUCCUGCAGGAGAUCCGUGACCACUGCGCCGAGCGGCUGCGGGUGGCCGGCAUGACCGACCCGCGCAUCUUCCUCGUGUCCAACCUCUCGCCGGCCCGCUACGACUUUCCGCUGCUCAUGUCCACCUGGGAGCACGACCUGCCUGCCCACCGGCGCCACGCUGGCCUGCUUUCACUGCCCGAUAUCUCGCUGGAGGCCCUGCAGAAGAAGAAGGACAUGCUCCAGGAGCAAGUGCUCAAGACAGCCCUGGUGUCAGGCGUCAUCCAGGCCCUGCCCGUGCCAGGGCUGGCGGCCGCCUACGACGACGCUCUGCUCAUCCGCUCGCUGCGUGGCUACCACCGCAGCUUCGGCCUGGAUGACGACUCGCUGGCCAAGCUGGCUGAGCAGGUGGGCAAGCAGGCAGGGGACCUGCGCUCCGUCAUCCGAUCCCCGCUGGCCAAUGAGGUCUCGCCGGAAACCGUCCUGCGGCUCUACUCACAGUCAUCUGAUGGUGCCAUGCGGGUGGCCCGUGCCUUUGAGAAGGGGAUCCCUGUGUUUGGCACGCUGGUGGCCGGUGGCAUCAGCUUUGGCACCGUCUAUACCAUGCUCCAGGGCUGCCUCAAUGAAAUGGCCGAAGAUGCCCAGCGGGUCCGCAUCAAGGCCCUGGAGGAGGACGAGCCCCAGUCUGAGGUCAGCCUGGAGGCAGCCGGUGACAAUGGUGUGGAAAAGCGGGGAUCUGGGGAGGGAGGCUGUGAGGAAGCACCGCUCUCGGCCCGCCGGAAGCUUGGCCUCCUCCUCAAGUAUAUUCUCGACAGCUGGAAGAAGCGUGACUUGUCAGAAGAGAAGUGA